AUGGCGUACACGGGGUUUGGAUUGGAUCAGAUCCAUCCUCCAGUAAACAAAUCGUUUAAUCAAAUGACACCGGAGGAACAAGCUGAAAAAGGUGCAACAAUGAUGAUAAAUUUCAUGUCAUCAUGCCCUGGGAAGACCGUAGUUAGUGGAGUCACUGGUUUUGGCCUCGGUGGUAUAUUUGGGUUGUUUAUGUCCUCUAUGGCAUAUGAUACUCCCGUUCAGCUCGCUACAAAUGUCAAGACCAUAGCAGAUAUGACAAUGAAACAGCAACUGAGAGUACAAUUUGCCGACAUGUAUAAAAAAUCGAUAUCAAGCGCUAAAAGCUUUGGUUACAUGGGUUUGGUGUAUUCUGGUGUCGAGUGUGUCGUUGAAUCAGCGAGAGCAAAGAAUGAUAUCAAUAAUGGACUCAUAGCGGGCUGUAUAACUGGUGGGGGACUCGCUUACAAAGGUGGCCCUCAGGCUGCAUUCAUGGGCUGUGUUGGUUUUGCUGCCUUUUCUCUUGCUAUUGAUACUUAUAUGAAAAUGGAAGAUGGGAAACCUCCUGUAAAUGACUUUAAUGAAUAA